AUGUCUGCUGCCACCAUUCGCAUCCUGAAUCCCCUCCGAUGUGGGCUACGUGCCUCUUUUCCGAGAGUCUCCUCCCCAGCUCUGCGCACUGCUUCCUACGCAUAUAAUUUUCGCCCGGCAUUCCGGGAUUCCAGAAGGGCAUUCUCGCGGAGCUCCCUGUGGCAAGCGAAGAAGUAUACUGAGCAGCAUGAAUGGGUAGAGCUAUCUGAGGAUGGAACAACAGCCACAAUCGGUAUAACGGAAUAUGCCGCCAACGCCCUAGGUGAAGUCAUUUAUGCAGAGCUACCAGCCGUCGACUUGGAGGUCGACGCUGGCGAGACCAUCGGUGCCGUCGAGUCUGUCAAGUCCGCGUCGGAUAUCAUGUCCCCCUUGUCGGGAACGGUCAUAGAGGUCAACACGAAGCUGGAAGAGUCGCCUAAGAUCAUCAAUAAGAGUCCCGAGGAGCAGGGGUGGUUUGCGAAGAUUAAGGUUGUGGAUGAGACGGAGUUGGAGAAGUUGAUGGAUAAGAAGAAAUAUCAGGCUAAGUUGGAGGAGCAGAAGGUUGAUGGGUAG